AAACGCUCGGCUUGUCGCCUUCCGUCGCCGGCCGCCACCAAUCACCUCUUAUCCCUACGGGACUGCCCCCAAAACGAUGGCCGCGGCGGCGGCGGGUGCGGCAUCUUCCAUCUUCUCUUCCACGCCCCCGCGUCGCCUCCCCUUCCCUCCCGCUCCCGCCCGCAAACCCCUCGCGGCGGCCGCGCCCAAGGCCCUCACUCUGUCAUCUCAGAAGCUCCUACGCCUCCCGUGUCCGCCCGCUUCGUGCGCCCCCGCCCCCCCGCCGCCCCCGCCCGAGGGGACGGAGAAGCCGGACCCCAUCAAGCUCGCGUUCGCCCGCGCCGCCGCCUAUAAGAAGGAAAGGGACAGCCCGAGCCCGUCGCCGGCCCCGCCUCCCACUCCCACGCCUCCUUCUCCUCCUUCGCCGCCGUCGCAGCCGCAGGCUUCGGCGGGGGAGUCCGGCAGCAAGGAGGCCUUCAAGCGGGCGCUGGAGUACCGGAACGGCAACGGGACCGGAGCGCGCGCUGGUGGUGGUGAGGCCCCGCUGUUGGGAGGAUCGCCGGAUUUUGGUCAAAAUGCCUUACUUAGUGAAGAUGUCACGCUCGGCAAGAAGGGAGAGUACGAGUUUGAUGAGACUGAUUUUUUGGGCCUCGAUUUUUUUGAGAAAAAGCGUUAUAAAGGUCCACCACCUGGGCUGGCUCCAGCUUUUGAGCCUUUGACAGAUAACGAUUUUCCUGAGGUGGAGAUAAUAAUUGGAGACCGUAGCAAAUUUGAGAAGUCUCGUGGCUCAACAGGAAUCCAACCAGCAGAUGACAGGGAGUCAGAGGAUUCACAAUCAACUAGUGAAACAAAUGAAGCUGACAAGGUUGACAAAGCACCCCCUUCAACUGUUAUCGAACCAGAAGAAGAUGAAGAUGUUUACAGACCCACUGUUAGAUCAUGGGGGAUGUUUCCAAGGCCACAAAAUAUUUCAAAAGCGUAUGGUGGUGGAAGAAACAUUCGCCUUGGUGGAGAGACUCAAAGUGCAGAAGAAAAGGCAGCCAAGGAUAAGCGCACCAAAGAGCUAAUAGCUGCAUAUAGGAAUCGGCAAAACAUGGUAGUCGAUGCAAAGACAAAAGCAGAAUGUAUUGAGGCCUUGAGGGAAGGUGAUGAGAUGAUGAAUACUGGAAGGCUUAAACAAGCAUUGCCUUAUUAUGAAAAAGUGAUGGAUGCUGUGGACUUUAAGACUGAACUUCAUGGAAGGGCUGCUUUGCAAUGGUCCAUCUGUCUCGAUUCACUCUGCAGGUCCAAGGAAGCAAUGAGCAUGUAUAGCAAACUCAAAAACCACCCGAAUAGUGAGAUUAGCAAGAAGGCAAACAUGUUUGUGUUCAGCUUUCAGGCGAUGGACUUCAUGAAGGUGAACAGCACGCCGGUGCCCAAGAGCACAGGCUACGAGACGUACUUCACAAAGUUUAGCGGGCAGAAGAACUACUACGCGAGCCUGGACGAGCCCGAGGUGGGAUUCGACCAGAUCAUCCCUUACAUGCUCUUCCUCGUCUCCCCGAUAUUUAUAGUCGCGUUUGCUGCGCUGAGGAAAUCCUUCCAGCUAUGAACAGAAAUCACGAACGAAUCACUGAAGCUUGAAUACCAUACAGGAGCAUAUAGCUUGGUAAAUAGAAAAAAAAAAUCAUGCUGUAUAGUUUCGUUGAGGCGUUCCUUUUGCAUGUUCACUUUUUCUA